AUGAAUUCAUUUCAUCCCAUCACUGACCACAUCUUCCGUCCUGCUUCGAUGCCGUGUAAACACAAAGAGGCGACCACACCAGAACGUCCACUCAACCCCGCGACUGGUUCUAUUUUUUCCACUUUCAACAACACUCGCCCAACCUCGACCGCUCUCGUAGACACACUUACUCACACACAUCGCCAACAGCGUCUUGCUAGUUCUCCUCCAACACCGCCGUCUCACGCCGCCGAGGACCAACACACACAUCUCGAACCAAUAACAAACAAACCCUCCCCGACACGUUACAUGGCCGGGCCUCCGGGAGCCGGGCGCCGCAAGGCGCUCGACUUCGACGACGUCGCCAUGUUUGUCAAGGGCACCAGCAUGGCCCGCGCAAUGUCUCCCUCCGUCUCCGAGGCCACCUCGCGCUCCUCCUUCUCGUCGGUCCGCGAAAACGACGACGGCUUCGCCCAGACCUUUACCCGCUCCAAAAUCUCCUCCUACACCGAGACCCCCGAGGACGUCUUUGACGAGUCCCCCAUCGCCGAGGCGCCCCAGGCCGUCUUCCGCCCCGCCCUCACCAACCCGGGCUCCAAGCUCCAUGGCUUCUGGUUUCCCGCCGAGGGCUUCAAGGGCUGGCGCGAGAUUCCUAUCAAGGGCCGCAUCGCGAGCCGCAGCUCCGAUGACUUGCGCAAGCUGCACAUGACGUGGGACAAUCCCGCCCCAAAGAUCACAGAGACCCCGGUUGGCGUCUAUCCCCCAUCGGCCGCGCCUCUCGAGAGUCUACCAAGCGAAAUUCUGAGCUCCAUCAUCGAUCUUCUCGUCGUCGAGAUCCCACCCAAUGGACUCACCACGCGCAACACCGACCUCAUGUCGCUCCUCCGCACUUCACGCUCUAUUCACGCCGCCACUCUCACCACCCUCUACCGCCACAUAACCAUCCCGCACUCUCGCAUCUUCCGCAAGUUUCUCACCACUAUUACUGAGUACCCGGUCCUCGCCACCAUCGUCCGCCGCCUCGACUUUAGCCACUUCAACCCCUCCAUCAUGUUCUCUACCGCCGCCCAGCGUCUCCAGGCCCAGAAUCUCACCAGCGAGACUCUCUUCCACUGCCUCGCUUUGACUCCCUACCUCAAAGAAUUUCUCGCCCAGGAUUACAUUGAUGACGACCUCGGUCCUGACGUCCUUCGCAAGCUCCUCUUUGACAUGCCCUCACUCACCUCCAUUGACUUUUGCGGUUGCUCAUCUCUCGCCUUCAAGCGAUCCUUCACCACUCUUCUCGACGACGUUUGGCCCGAGACCCUCACCAUCACCAAGCUGUCCUUCCACAAGUCUCUGAGCCUCCCCUCGGCUCUUUUCGAGACAAUUCUCCCUAGACUGCCCAAUGUCACCCACCUCGAUCUCGCUGAGACGCGAGUCACCGACAAGGCACUUCUGUCCAUUCCCGAAUCUGCCGCACUGACGCACCUGAACCUUGCUAGGUGCAAGGAGCUGUCUGCCGAUGUUGUCAUUAAAUUCGUAACCUCCCACCCUGCUACCAAAAACCUCGUUUUCUUGAGCUUGGGUACUGAUCCCAGCACUCACCUACUGCUCGGCAAGAGUGAUCUCGACGCUCUUCUCCCAAACCUGCCAGCUUCCCUCAAGUCUCUCAGCCUUCGAGGCAGCCGAAUGGACUCGUCUCACAUCGAACAGCUCACCAGGCUGUCGCAGACCCUCGAAGAACUCGCCGUCGGCCGCGGUCUUGCCAUGGCCGAUAUACACCGCCUCUUCUUCCGCGACCAGCAGUGGCAGACCCACAAUCUCAAGUACAUUGACAUUUGUGACGUCGAGACCAUCAUUGGCAGCGCCAGCACUCUGCUUGCCCCAGCAUCUGCUCCCCUUCUCGUUGUAGAGCUCUCAGAGCGUGCAUAUGAGCGCGCUGCCAAGGUCAAGAAGAACCUGCAGCGUGUCGGAUGGGAUGCUCAGGAAUUUGGCAGCCGCUACUGGCUGACACGCACCGAUACCAACGAACCCAACUUUGACCACGGUCACCGCUCCUGGAAGAUGGGUGCCAAGAGCUGGGGCAUGCGCAAGAUUCCUACUGUCAUCUCCGAAGUGGGAGGCAUGUACGGUUCUUACAUGUUUGGUCGUCGGCUUUGA